AUGGCGCCAGCAAUACGAACUGUUGAUGCAAACGAAAUUCUAAACGAUCCGCGUGAGCCGCCACAACCGAUCGUACUAUCGUCAGCAUCUUCACUAUCCUCGGCAUCGGAAGUAUCAUCUUCGUCUUCGUCGUCAUCGAAAGCGGCACUAGCGAAAUUAUCAAAGCCCGAAAUUGAUCGGCUGAUUGCGGAGAACAUGACUUCGGUGCUGAAGUCGCUCAAGAAACGUAAGCACGCAAAGAAACACGCACGCAUCCGGCAAGCGGCCGCAGUCACCGAAUGUUCCGACACGAACGUUGCCAGUAUCAAAGGACAGGAAAAGAUGAAUGAAUCCAAUGUUCCUAAGCGACGCACUUCACCGCGGAAGAGAAAUAUGGCAGCGAAACAGGCCAAAAAAGGUCUGAAGGAAUUACAGCCACAAAUGAGCGCAACAGAUGAAUCGCCCGUGCCGUCUCCCUCAACCGUCAGCACCGACAAGCAGGUGGAAAAGAAUGCUGGCAAGGAGAAUAAAAAGGUCAACGCAUUUCAGUUGAUGAUGAAAUCGCGCCACAAGAGCAUCGGUUCGAACUCACCGGGCAAGGAGCGCCAACCGUCGCCGGCGAACGAACACGAGCUGCUGCCGCACCAGGAACAGAAGGCCAAACGCAAACUGCAGCUCGAACAGUGGGCCGAACGGAAAGGGGCCGGUAAGCGGAAGUUUCGCGAGGACGCCGAUGGUGAGUACAUCGAGCGCCAGCUGAACAAGCGCGCGAAACGGUUGAAAAAACUGAUCCACAAUAUGCAACCGGCGGACGAUGAUAGCGAAGUGGAGGAAGUAACGAUCGUCACCAGCUCUCAGAGCGAUCAUCAAAAGCAAGCACGUAAAGGACUGGUUCAAAACUCCCCUGCGUUGGACCGGAGCGAUACCGCGCCCAAGCAAAGCGCACGGUGUGAGCAAAAGGCCAAGAAAGGAACCGAAAUUAGUGCUGCGAAAGUAACCAAGCCGACUAACCGGGGAGUCGAUUCGGAUGACGAGUUUCUGCGGAAUCUUUCAUCGCCGCGCAAAAAGAAAGACAGUCUGCUGGGGUACUUCAACAAAGUGUCACCACAGAAUGGGGUCACAAAAGCUUCACCGCCACCAAAACCGCCAUCGGCAUCAACGAAACGCAACAAGAAAUCAAAGUCUCCGCCGCCUCUCGUCAACGGUAAAGCAGGUGGCCCGGAAGAUGUGGCAACACCGAACGGCGCCGAACGACAAGAAUCGACAGGGACCCGUCGUUCUCGGCGAUCGUGUGCAAAUCGUAUCAAGGACUAUGCCGCCAUUGAGCGGGACAGUCCGCCGAAGAGUGCCGAAAAGAAGAAACCGACACCGAUCGUUACACCGUUGAAGAUUAUUAACGUCCAUUCACCCACCAUCAUGAAAGUAGUCCGUAGUCCUUCGCUUCAUAUGUUCAAUACUGCGGUUAACCGUGACGCAGCGCGAUCCUCCGUGUCGUCUGCCCCCUCGACACCGAAAAGUGUCAAGCUUGCUCCGCUGUUUGUAAAAGAGCGACCACCGAAGGUACCAGCAAUCGAUCCGGAAAAGGCCCGAGCGCGCCAACUGUUUUUGAUGUCCGGAUUGCCGGACAUACUGCGCCAAGAGAUAGACAAACGUGCGGCGUACGAAGAGUUUAUUCUCAACGAAUCGCCCGUCUUCCCGCUGGUCAGUCACGUCACGCAGCUUGAACCAGCGGAAGAAGAACGAUUAAAAGGUCGCCGUGUGGUAGAUUUCAGGAACAGUUGCAUUAAAUUGCGUCCACCGACGGUGGAAUCGCCAGCCGCCAAAAAGUCGGAAGCAAGGACCCUCAAUCGGAAGAUACUGUUUGGAACGUUCACGACGUGCAACGGGUACGAUUAUGAGGACGCACUGGAGCGGUGUAUAAGCGAGGAUCGCCACGAGCAGUGCGUCGAUGGCGAGCUACCGGAAGUGGCCAACGUGAAGGAAAUCGUGCGCGAGUACAAGCAACGCUAUCAGCACUUUCCGGUGUACAAAUGCUACAAACAGUUCCGUGCGAUCUACGAGCAGCACCAACAACAGGAAGACCACCAGGCCGAGGAUGCGCGAGGUUCGCAGCAUGACGAAAGCAUCGAAUUUAUCGACCCGAUGCCGGCAGGGUGCCGGAACGGUGAGCUGCUGUUUACGGAGAAGUACAAACCCCAGAGCACCGAUCAGAUACUGGUCAACUUUGUGCCGGCGACGAUGCUGAAACGCUUCCUGAUGCCCUGGCAGGACGAAGGAGGAAACGGUGGCAAUGUCGGUAGGAGGGCAGGCCUCGUGAAUGGAGAUUACUUUACAUCCAACAGCAACAGUGGCGACGAGGAGCACUCGAACGAAAGCACCGGUGGCACGAGCUGCAACCACGUGGUUCUGGUGGGACCAUCCGGGUGCGGCAAAACGUGUAACGUGUACGCGGUGGCCAACGAGAUGCACUUCCAAGUGCUCGAAAUCAACGCCAGCAGCCGGCGAAAAGGGCGGCUCAUUUUGCAGGAACUGCUCGAAGCCACCCAGAGCCACCAGGUGCGAAAGAGUUCGACCGAUGGCUUGCUGGUGGCUGGUGGUAGUGUCCGUGCAGCUACGGGCAAGGGUGUUGCGGGGCGGCUUCCGGUGGCCAGUCUGCUUAGCAAUUGCCUUCAGCGUCGCCCUUCGUGCAGUGAAGGAACGUCGUCCAAGAGUAAACUUUCGCUCAUCCUCAUCGAAGACGUGGACAUUGUGUUCGAGCAGGACGAAGGAUUCCUCGGGGCCAUCAACCAGCUGGUGGCGAGCUCGAAGCGACCAAUCGUGCUGACCACAACGAAUCCUUCCUGCCCGCACCUGGCCCGUUACAUGAACCGGCACAAUGUGAUACGCUACGUCGCACCCGGCAUCGAGAAUGUGGCCAAAUUCCUUUCCCUCUUGGCGCUCGUUGAACGCGUACCGAUCGAUAAGGAGGACAUUGGCCGCUUGUAUGCCCGCAACGGAAAGGAUAUGCGCAAAACGUUAAACGAGCUACAGUUCUACAUUCACAGCGAGGACCCGGAGCCUGCGGCCCCGGACCUAAACGCGGCUGAUCAGCAACAUCCUCAAUCGGACCGUCUGUAUCGGUUGUUUGUGGAGAAUCAAAAUGAAACAAUUACCCUCGAGCUGCCCCUCGCCUUCGAUACGCUGUGGUGCAAUAUGGAAUUGGCACUACGGGAAGCGAAAAACUUCACCGAACGCACUGUCUCCGUGACUCCCAAGGGACGGAAAAAGAAACGGAAGGGAACGCAUCGGAAUGGUGAUGAAGCUUGGCACGAUCGCUCGAGCACGAUCGAAGCGAUGGGUGAGCUGUACGACAACAUAAGCCGAGCGGAGGUGAGCUGGGCGGUGAUGCAACAGAACCGCAUCCGGCAUGGGCGUGACCCACAGGACGAGCAGCAGCAACAGCAACUCUCGCAGGAUAUUGCCCACACGCUGCUGGAAGCAUCGUGGAUCGAAUGGUUCGGAAGGAGCAACGCACAUCGUGCAAAGUCGAAGGACGAUUGCGAAGACGAAAUCCCGGCUCCAGCCAAGAAGUACGAUGGCCUGCGCAAGUUCGAGCCAGAACCAAUAAAAACCAUUGCGUCGUACGUUGGUGUUAGCGGCGUUCGAUCGCGAGUUACGAGCUGCGACUAUGAACCGAUCUUGCGCCAGAUUUGCCGCACCGAGCGAGAUCGUUCGAUGCAGGAACGACGCGGUAGCCGGUUCUAUCACUAUCUGCGCAACUUCACCACGCCAACAACCGGCGUUGGGACCGGAUCGGUACCCAGCGGGUUUGGUGUGGAUCAUUUCGAGGCCCUAAGCCAUCGGUUCGAACGCGCAUCGGAACCGGAAAAGGAAGAGUUGGCCCCAAACGAUAGCAACAACGUUACGUUACAAGAGUGA